CUGUAAUGACUAGUGCUAGUGUUGAACAUUGCAAUGGCUGACAAAGGGUUGCAAAUUGAGAAUAAAAUUUUAGUGAACAUUUUUGUAUAUAAAAUGCUUGUAACUCCGCAGAAUUGUUAUCAGUUUCAAUAGAGCAGCAUAAAGUAGUGAAUUCCAACUUAUCAACAAUAGACAAUAUCAACAUGUUCAAAUUCCUCGCCGUUUGUUUUUUCGCCAUGGUUGCUUGCGUCGCUGCAAAGCCGGCUGUGGUUGCCUCUCCAGUGGCUUAUACAGCCGCUUACAGCGCCCCCGUAGUGGCUGCCUCUCCCUACACCGCUGCCUAUACAGCCGCUUACACUUCACCUUAUGCUGCCGCCUACUCCUAUCCAUAUGCUGCUGCCUACAGCUACCCAUAUGCCACGGCUUUCUUGCGUUAAGGCUUAACCUAACAUCUGAUGGCAGAUAUGAUUAAUUAACUUGUGGACUUGGCUCAAACGUGGUUAUCUUACCUAUGCGGAGAUAUUUUUUACAUGGCAUUUAUAUAACUUCAUUUUCAACUUGUCUAAGCACUACCAAUGUUGUAAUUCAUACUUCUUUCGAUUUCCUCUAUACUUUGUUGUUAGUUUCCUUCUUUCCUAUACUUGUUCUUUCAAUGUUUAUAUAUAAAAUAAUAUGAAUAUCAAAUACUCAAAAAAAAAAAAAACAAAAACACGUAUACGUAAAAGUAAAUAAAUGCUUUACAUGUG